CAAUGGUGAGGUGAGCAGCUAUUGGUGCUGUGAAAAUAAAACCGUGAUUGGUGCGAAUUUGCAAUUCCUAACCUUACUUUUGCCUGUUUACCGCCAAUUCUGCUCGCGUCUUUGUAUGUUUCUAAACUAAAAGAAAAAUGCCAUCACCAAGAGGUUCCCGGACACCUGCCAGAGAAGACGGUUCAAGAACACCACGUGGUCACCGAACACCGCGAAGGGAGGAUGCAUCCACCCCUGCUCCGGAUACACCAUCACAGCGGCUACGCAGAGGAUUACGAACUCCUCGCGGAGACGAUAACACCGCAAGUCCGGCAUCAACUCGAGGAUCACCGGCGCGAACUCCACGUAGGACGCGGGCCACACCUGCCAAAAGCAUCGCAUCCGAUGUUUCGACACCGAUGAGGUGGGGCACAAACGGUCACCAAGAACUCCAUAGUACCUCUCCCGGACCGAGCAUAAUACCGAGUAGUCCAAAUGUCGCAUUACGAAGUCCCGGAGAUGGACUAAGCGAAAUCGAUCUGAGCUCCCCUCUCAAUUAUGGCACCCCGAGUUCCUUGGGGUCUGUUAGAACUCCGCGAUCAGGAAUACGAGGUACCCCAGUGCGCAUGAGAACUGAUGUCCGUACCGACAAGCGGAUAAGGCAGAUAAAUGUGGCUGGAGAAAAUCUGGAAACAAUUUCCGAAUCACAAGAAUCUGAAGAUUUGUCCGCUCCCCAACUUGUUAUAUGGGGUACCAACGUUUCAGUGGAGCAGUGCAAGGCCAAAUUUAAAAAGUUCCUCAUGCGCUACAUUGCGCUUGACGCGGAAGAAGACGAGGUGUCGGAAAUAACAAAUGUUCACCAGCCACUUUACAUGCAAAAAAUUGAAGAGAUUCACACGUCAGAGGAGCCAUUUUUAAAUGUGAAUUGUUCACAUUUGGAAACGUUCGAUCAAAUCUUAUACAACCAACUGGUUCGCUAUCCUCAGGAAGUUAUACCGACGUUUGAUAUGACGGUGAAUGAAAUAUUUUAUGAAAGAUUUCCUGCGGCCGUUUUAGAACAUCAAAUUCAAGUUAGGCCCUUUAACGCCGAAAAAACGAAGAAUAUGCGUUCUUUGAAUCCGGAAGACAUUGAUCAAUUGAUCACGAUCGGUGGAAUGGUUAUUCGCACAUCUGAUCUCAUUCCGGAAAUGCGUGAAGCUUUUUUCAAGUGUAACCUUUGUAGUUAUACUACGAGCGUUGAAAUCGAUCGAGGCCGUAUUACUGAACCGACAUUAUGCACACACUGCAAUACAAAUCAUUGUUUUACUUUGGUGCACAAUCGAUCUCAGUUUACUGAUAAGCAGUUGGUCAAAUUACAAGAAUCACCAGAUGAUAUUCCUGCAAGUCAGACGCCUCACAAUGUGGUAUUAUUCGUCCAUAAUGAUUUAGUCGAUGGAGUGCAACCAGGCGAUAGAGUUACUGUGACCGGUAUUUACCGUGCACAGCCAAUGCAAGUUAACCCUCGUGCGAGGAAUAUACGUGCUGUCUAUAAAACUCAUAUUGAUGUACUGCACUUUAGGAAGGUGGACAAGAAACGAUUGUACAAAGAGGAAGACGGCACGACACACACCUUCCCACCGGAGAGAAUAGAAUUGUUACAAAUACUUUCACAAAAACCCGAUGUGUAUGAUCGUCUAGCGCAUGCGCUUGCUCCGUCUGUGUACGGAAAUGACGACAUAAAAAAAGGAAUUUUAUUACAACUGUUUGGUGGAACGAAGAAAUCUUUUGCAUUGGCCGGCCGUACUAACUUUAGGGCUGAGAUUAAUAUUUUAAUGUGCGGAGACCCCGGAACGUCGAAAUCCCAACUCUUACAGUAUGUGUACAACUUGGUGCCUCGUAGUCAAUACACAUCCGGUAAAGGUUCAUCAGCAGUGGGUCUAACCGCAUUUGUCACUAAAGACAGUGAUACUAAGCAGUUAGUACUUCAAACUGGCGCCCUAGUCUUGGCCGAUAAUGGUAUUUGUUGCAUCGAUGAGUUUGACAAAAUGGAUGAUUCAACGCGUAGUGUCUUGCAUGAGGUGAUGGAACAACAAACACUUAGUAUUGCUAAGGCGGGAAUUAUAUGUCAGUUAAAUGCUCGCACGUCUAUUUUAGCCGCUGCUAAUCCUUCAGAGUCCCAAUGGAAUAAGAAUAAGACAAUUAUUGAAAACGUCUCCUUGCCUCACACCCUUUUGUCAAGGUUUGAUCUCAUCUUCUUGAUCAUGGAUCCUCAAAAUGAUUUAUAUGACCGUCGUCUCGCGCAACAUUUAGUAUCUCUAUACUAUAAAAGUCGGGAGUCCGAAGAAGAUGAUUUAUUGGAUUUAACGAUUUUAAGAGACUACCUGGCGUAUGCUAAAGAGCAUGUUCAUCCAAAAUUGAGCGAAGAAGCACAACAACGACUCAUACACGCCUAUGUCGAAAUGCGCAAGGUAGGAUCCGGCCGUGGACAAAUAUCCGCAUAUCCUCGUCAGCUAGAAUCAUUAAUACGGCUAUCAGAAGCACACGCGAAAGUGCGCUUUUCUCAAAUUGUUACCGUCAACGAUGUGGAAGAAGCGUGCAGGCUACAUAGAGAAGCUCUUAAGCAAUCUGCAAUAGAUCCAGUGUCUGGUAAAAUCGACAUUGGAAUUUUAACUACGGGAUUGAGUAGUACUGCUCGUAAGCGAAAAUCGGAACUAGUUGCAGCACUUAAAGAGAUUAUAAAGAAAGGAAAAGGAACUACUCUUAAAUAUGAUAAAGUGUUUGCCGACCUUAAAGAGUCUUCCAAUUUGAUGAUCUUAAGGGAGCAGUUCGAGGAUGCUCUUAGGGAAAUUCAAGAUGAUGGUUUCGUUACUCUUGUAGGGAAAAAUAUUCGCGUGCGAGAUAUUUUACCUAUGUCGUAAUCAGUUUUGGGUCUUAUGGUUUGAUAGAAUUACUGUUAUUUAUAAGUCUUAUGAUACGUUUUAUUUUAGUAUAAUUAAAUAAUUAAAAUCUACCCAAUUACUUAACUACAACAGAAAUACAAAUUAUUGGUGCAUUUAGGGAGUACGUGGUC